GUUGAACUAUAAAGAAAACGUCCUGAGUCCAUGUUUCUCAACUCAGCAGGAUCUUUGCAAACAGUGAUAUGGCUGCUGCUGCCACGUGUCUGCUGUCUGAAGAUCAGUUUCUGUGCUCCAUCUGUCUGGAUGUGUUCACUGAUCCAGUCAGCACACCAUGUGGACACAACUUCUGCAAAACCUGCAUCACUGAACACUGGAGGGUUAACACCCCUUGUCGAUGUCCCCUGUGUAAAGAAGUUUUCCAAACAAAACCUAAGUCAAAGAUCAACUCUUUUAUCUCAGAGAUGGUCACCCAGUUCAGACAGGAAGCGAACAGCAGCAGCUCAGAACAACAAGCUGCCAAACCAGGAGAAGUUCCAUGUGACAUCUGCACUGAAAGCAAACUGAAGGCCCUGAAGUCCUGCCUGGUGUGUCUGACCUCCUACUGCGACACUCACCUGAAGCCUCAUCUGACUAAAGCACCUUUAAAAAGACAUCAGCUGAUCGAUGCUGUGGAGAACCUGGAAAACAGGAUGUGUGAGAAACAUGAUAAACCUCUGAAGCUAUUCUGUAAGACCGACCAGACAUGUGUCUGCAUGCUCUGUCCUAUUUUAGACCACAAGAGACAUGAUAUUGUUCAUCUGAAGGAGGAACAUCAAGGACAGAAUUUAGAGUUGAAGAAGACAGAUGCUGAAAUUCAGCAGAAGAUCCAGGAAAGACAACUGAAGAUCCAGGAGAUCAAACAUGUAGUGGACCUCAGUAAGAAAGCUGCAGAUAGAGAGACAGCAGAAGGUGUCCAGGUCUUCACUGCUGUGAUGGAGUCUGUUCAGAGAAGUCUGAACCAGCUGAAAGAGGAGAUUGAAGAAAAACAGAGAAGGACAGAGAAACAGGGUGAAGACUUCAUCAAAGAGCUGGAACAGGAAAUCUCUGAGCUGAAGAAGAGAAGCACUGAGGUGGAGCAGCUCUCACACUCUGAAGACCACCUCCACUUUGUCCAGAGAUUCUCAUCUGUUAAAUCUGCUCCAGCCAUGAAGAGCUGGGAAAAGGUCAGCGUCUGUCCACCAUCGUAUGAAGGGACUGCGGUGAGAAUUGUGUCUCAGCUGGAGGUAAAACUCAGUAAAGAAAUACAGAAGCUGUAUCAUUCUGAGCUGAAGCGAGUCCAGCAGUAUGCAGUGGACGUGACUCUAGAUCCUGAUACAGCACAUCCUACUCUCAUCCUGUCUGAUGAUAAUAAACAGGUACAUCACAGCAACCUAUGGAAGAGUCUUCCAAACAACCCAGAGAGAUUUUCUAAUGUAAUUUGUGUCUUAGGAAAGCAGAGUUUCUCUUCAGGCAAAUUUUACUUCGAGGUUCAGGUCAGAGAUAAGACCGGCUGGGUUGUAGGAGUGGCCGGAGAGUCAAUCAUCAGGAAGGGACCAACCUUUUUGAGUCCUCAGUAUGGAAACUGGACCAUUUGUUUGAGAAACGGAAAUGUGUUUGGACCAUCUGCUUUCAGUCUUUCUCUGAAAUCCCAGCCUCAGAAGGUGGGGGUGUUUGUGGAUUAUGCGGAGGGUCUGGUCUCCUUUUAUGAUGUCGAUACUGCAGAUCAAAUCUAUAUCUUAAAGGGCUGCUGCUUCACUGAGAAGCUCCUCCCAUACCUUGGUCCUAGUUUAAAUGAUGGAGGAAAAAAUGCUGCUCCUCUGAUUAUCACUCCUGUUGGAAGCACUGAGUAGAUAAUUUGGUACCAUUCUGCCAUAAGAGUACCUUUACAGAGGAAUAAAUAAUGGUUUAAUUUAAGCUUCAUUAGAUGAUGCAUACUUUAAAUGUCAUUAGAGAGGCAGAAUCUCUGUUCUAUGCACCUAAACUUGUAAAAAUUGGACCAAGGGUCCUAAAGACAAUUGACAUUCAUGUGACUUUUAAAGGUCAAAGGUCAUGGCACCAAAUGAAAGCCCAUAUGUGACUUCUUAUCUAUUGCCAAUAGUAAUUAUAUCAAUAUCUUCAACUGUUUUGAAGUUAUAGCACUUUGAAAUUUUUCCCAUUAUAAACCAAUGAGAACUUUAAAAAUUAGAAAAUUAAUUAAAAAUAACAAAAAAAAAAAAAUCUAUAUUUCUCUAUUCUUUAAACUCAGUUCUUUUAAUUAUGUUAAUUACCAGGUCUUGAUAGUUAUUUAGUUAUCUUAUCAUGAUGUGCAAGCACUUCAAUAGCUUACAUGACUAUAAAAUCUAAUUUUAGCUGCCACUUUUUUUUCCAGUUUCACUUUAGGGGAAAAUCCAUACACUGCAUGGAAUUAAUGAAGAUACCAUGGCAUCACCCGUUGGUUUCUGAGCUGUCACUUUGAAGCCAGUAAUAUGGGAUUUGGACAUCACUAUAUUGGCUUUAUGGAGCCGGAAGUGAUCAUUUUUGGGCAAAAAAAGGUGAAACUACAGGAACAUUAAGGGUGGUGGGGUAAAGUGUACCAAUAAUGUAUUGUUAUAGGAACCUAUUACCACAACUGUAGCUGUAUUACAGUGUAAUAUACUUCUGCAUUGGCUUCAGUUUUGAGCUGAGGUCUUUGCCCAUUAGUAAAAUCUGAUGUAAUAAUGUAGGUAUUGCUGGUUUUGAAGUAGUUUGAUGUAAUGUCAUAAUAGUAAUUAAUGACAGAUACAGAAUCUGCAAUUGUGAAACAGUGACAGUGAUAGAAAAAAAGCUCUUGGGGAUGAAUAAAAGCCAAAUAUUUGUACCUAAAAAAAGACCCCAUUUAAUUAAUUAAUUCAUUCAUUCAUUCAUUUGUUUUGAGCAGAAGAAAAAAAAAAAAAAAAAAAAAAAAAAAAAAAAAUCAAGCAUCUUUGUGUACAAGGAACUAAUAGCAGAGCAAAUACAUUAACAAACAAAGAUGAUCAAGACAAAAUAGCAAUUGCCAUGUACACUAGCAAUAACAAAAUAAAUUCAAUAUGUACUGCUCAAAAAGGAGUGGGUAGAAGAAAACUUAUGAAAUCCCACCCACACAUCUCAAUGAAUGGAGCUGAUUUACUUGUCCAUGUUUUGUGAUGGUUAAAUUGAGUCUAUUAAUACAGCAAGUAAAACCAUCAAAAUUAAGCAUAAAAUAAACUUAACAAUAAAAAGUGACUGAGUGAAUUUAGUUACUUAUAGAAAACAAAACAAAUGAUUGUCUUUAGUCAUUUUUGAAGUCUAAUAAAGUUGUUUUGUUUUUUUUUGGUGUAUUAAAGUAAAUGUAUUGUUUAUUAUUAAUUAAAUGGUGUAGUUAUACAUACCAUACAUGUACAUUAUCUGUUGCCAAAAUGAUCUGUUCUCACCUUUUCUUGUUAAAUAAAUGAUUGUGUUGGCUCUGAACUGAGAAGACGGACACAAUUGAUAUUAAAUUAGCAAAGUUAUUGAGUGACAAAUUGUUUUGAUGCUGUGACAUUUUGCAGCAGAUGAUGUGUUCCUGUUUAGUCUGUUGUGGUUUUAUAGUUAAUGAGCUCUGGGUGUUGACAGACUCUCCUCUUUAUUAAAGUUAUCUAAUGAGUCUACUUUCACUCUGCAGCUUCACAAACCACUUCAACGUGAACUUUAAUCAUAAACCUCAGAAAAAUGAAGUGUAUUUGCCUGUGCAGCAGUUAAUCAAUGGGACAGUGGUGUGUUCUGAAUAUUUAGAACCUUUUGUGAUGAAUUAUUGACAGCCUGAAGGGGGGGCUCUUCACCUUCCUGUUGAAAUGGCAGCUGUUCACAGGAGAGCGAAAUACAGCAAAGACUCCACACUAGAGCUGAUUAAAGAUGGAUGACCGAUAUGUGGAAAUGAGAUACAUAAAUGAGCAGGUGAUUUAUGCAGGUGCUUUAUUAAACUCAUUCAGUGACAAGUGUGUGAUUUAAAGAGCUGGAUGAAAAGAUGUGGAAAGAGGAAACAUAAUAUGACCAAUCCAUUUUCUGGCCCAUAGAGAGCAUUUUAUACACUUUAUAGCAACAUUUUAUUCUGCAAUGCAUUGUUUGAGUUCAGAAAAAAAAAAAAAAAAAAAAAAAAA